GCCGGAACAGGAAAAGAGCGACGGAGUUCGACGAGCGGCCCGCAGAGCCCACCGCACCUCCGGCCCCCGCAGCAUUGCCGGUGACCAGGGAGAGGGAGCUCACCCCAAAUCUCUCCGGGGGUCCCCGAGAGGAAUUCCCAGUGCAAGACUUUGGCUGGAUGGAGGAAGAGAAGGCUGUGAGGAGGAGGAAGUUGUCACAGGACCCCCAGGCAGACAAGGAGCCCAGGGAGGACAAAUCCUCUCAGCAUAACCUCAUAGAAGAGGCUGUUUUGAGCAGCCCCAUGGCACAGGAAUGCAACGGGGAGGAAAAGCCGUGGAGAUCCCGCCCGAGGAGGGGCUCCAAACCCAUGCCAGGGUGCUCCGAGGAGGAAGGACCCACCCUGUGCCAGGAAGGCAGCCAGAGGUGUGGCCAGAGCUCUGAGCUGGUGGUGCAUGAACAGCUUCACAAUGGCAAGAAGCUGCACCAGUGCUUGGAAUGUGGGAAGAGUUUCUGUGCAAAGUCCAGCCUGGUCCGGCACCAGAAGAUCCACACUGGGGAACGGCGCUACGAGUGUGGGAAAUGUGGGAAGCGCUUCAGGGACACCUCUGACCUGAUGAUCCACCUGAGAGUCCACACUGGGGAACGGCCCUAUGAGUGUGGGGAGUGUGGGAAGAGCUUCAGUGCCAGCUCCAGCCUGAUCUCCCACAAGAGGAUCCACACUGGGGAACGGCCCUAUGAGUGUGGGGAGUGUGGGAAGAGCUUCACUCAAAGCUCCAGCCUGAUUGCCCACAAGAGAAGCCACACUCGGGAACGGCCCUAUGAGUGUGGGGAGUGUGGGAAGAGCUUCACUGCCAGCUCCAGCCUGAUUGUCCACCAGAGGAUACACACUGGGGAAUGGCCCUAUAAAUGUGGAGAAUGUGGGAAAGGCUUCAGAAAGAGCUUCCACCUCAAACACCACCAGAUGCUCUGCACUGGGAUAUGACCCUGUGU